GACCGUGCCCUUCCCAUCGCAGUGAAGAGCAGCAGCGUGCACUCCAGGCUCAGGUUGUGUAAUAAGCUGACUGAACUGAUGCUCAGUCUCAAGCUGUAUGAGGAAGCUUUGGAGUUUGCGCAGACUGCACUAGACAUCAGUAUCACACUGGGUGAGCGUCUGAAUGAGCGAGUGGCUUACCAUCGUCUGGCCUCUCUGUACCACUGUCUGGACCAGUAUGAACUGGCUGAACACUAUUACCUAAAAACCCUGACCCUAUGUCCGACACCUCUGCUGUUUGAUGAAGAGACACUGUACUAUGUCCGAGUGUACCGGACGCUGGGGGACAUCAUAUUCUAUGACCUGAAGGACCCGUUUGACGCUGCAGGCUAUUACCACCUGGCUCUAGCUGCAGCCAUGGAUCUGGGCAACAAGAGGUCUCAGCUGCAGCUGUGCACCCGCCUCGCCACCAUCUACCACAACUUCCUAGAGGACCGGGAGCUCUCUCUCUUCUUCUACCAGAAGGCUAGAGCGUUUGCGGCAGAGCUGAACGUGAGGAGGAUUAAUAUCUCACCGGAUCAACAGUAUAGCAGCGCCUCACAGUACAAGACCACCAGACAAUAGGAAAGACACUUUGAGAGGUCAAAUCUUUGUUUCAUACGAAAAACUAAACUUUAGCAGAUGGCUGGAUGAAUGUUCUUUUUUUGGUACAUAAAAAAUAUGUUUCAUGAGAAGCCUUAUGUCUUAAGCAUUAAAACAACAGCACAAAUUUGACGAUUCCCAAAGGAAACCCCACCUUCAGAACCUUACUUGGAUAAGAUAAUAUUCAUCUAUUGCAUUGUGAAAACUGUAUGUUGCACACAUUCAAAACAUCAGGAUUCAACUUUACUCAGGCCUCUGUCAAUCCACCCACAGAAAAUGUAUAAAUAGAUAAAUAUAACCUAGAAUAUUGUAUUGUAAUUGUGUGUAAUUGCCUUAAAAAUUGGGUCGAUGUGCACAGUCAUUUAUGAAUUUUAUUCCUUUCCUUUUUGUCAUUUUUUUUGGAAGGAGAAGAAGAAUGCAGAUUUCAACUGAUCACUCAAACACAUGUACAUCAGCUGCAUAUAAUGAAAUCUUAUGUUUUCUGGUACUUGUUUUAAUAUUCCUUAUCUGGUGGCUUGCUCCUAUGUUUUCAGUUAGAGGCUCUAUGUCCAAGCAAAAAGUUAUAAAGACAGGAAACCAUUACGGAACAGUGGUAUCAUUAAACUGCUUAUCAGCUGGCUAAGUUAACUUUGGGUUUUCUUCUGCAGCCACAAGCAUAUUUAUGUAAAAGAGACAGAGCUGUAAAUUAAAGCUGUUAAUCAUCAAAGCCAUGAGUUAAGUAUUUUAGUUCGGACCACAUUAGUCAAAGAAAACUUAAUUUCCAUUUGCAGUAUGUUAUUUGGCGGUAUGGCUCUGCUCUUGGAGCUCUCUGCCCUUCCUCGUGCCUACAUGUAAAGCCUAGGGCAGAGGGAGCACCUCUCCACCCUCCAUGCGCCUACGUGGAAAACCAAGGGCAGAGAAAGCACACUUCUCUGCCAUCCAACAGCGCACAAGAAAAGUCAGAGGCAGAGAGAGCAAACCUCCCUGCCCUUCCAUGUGCCUGCAUGAAAAGCCUAAAGCAGGUAGAGCAGCAAACAAGACUUGACACUGAUAAGUCAGACACAGCAUGAAUAUGAGGAGCUGAGGUGGAGCCAGGUUGCAAAGUGACAUGCUGAAGAAGCAGCAACAGUAAGCAGGCUAAAGCAGU